AUGCCAUCUGAGCAGCGUAAGCGACCAUCAUACGCCACAUCCGACACAGUUGUGUUUGUCGACGACAUGGGCAGACCCCCUCCCAACACUUGGUCCAACAUUGUUUACGAGAACCAACAGCUGUUCCGAGUGGCGACAUACCGCCAAGAGACUCCCCAUGCCCUGGCCUCUUUAGAGCGUGUCCUCGUCCGACAGACCACCUGUUCUGGGAAUGAGCCAGAGCUUGGGAGUGCUCUAUCAAGCGCUCUUUUUACUCUCGUCAACGAACUGGAUAGUCUGGGUAUCACCAUUGAAAGCGAGCGUGACCUGACGAUGGACGAGUACGCCGUCGGUGAUGGAUUGGCCUAUGGUGACUCGCCUGUUCACAAAGUCCUGGCGUCCAUCUCGACUACCCGGAAGAAGAUGCGCCAAAGUCUCAGCAGCGACCCACCGUCUUUGACCUCGCCUCCGUCUGUCAUCUCGGCGGCCAGCCUGUUCACAAGCGAACGCGGUGGGCUCAACAUCCCCGACUUUACCGCCGUACGCUGGUGUACCGAGCAUGGUGGCUCUCACGGAGCUCCAUGCCUUACUUUUGAAGUGAAGAGUUUUACCAAUGCCCUCGACCGUGCUCUUCGCGUGCGGGACUUUGUCUUCCGUGUUCGGUCGGCAGCCAGUCGCUUGAGGGGCGAGAGCGAGAAGGCUGCGGUCGAGACUGAGGCCCAGGUGGCCAACGAGAUCGACGCCACUCUGGAACUGGACGAUGCGACGCAAGAGAUCAACGUUGUGAGCACCAUCCCGGACGUCGCCCUUGUCCUGGGUUCCAUCCAAGACGUGCCCCACAUUGCGGCACUGGCAGUAGAGCCCACUGUACCCCCCGGCGGCCCGACUAUUUCAUGGGCAAGCUUGGAGCCGCCUGCAGCGAAACGUCAAAAAUGGCGCGAGGCGAUCAAGGCCGCCGACGCUCUGCACAAGACACGCAUGGGCUUGGCCCAGGAGAUCUGUUACGGUAUCAGCGCCCUGUUCGCGUUUGGUUCCCAGCACGGUCUUGUGCUCAUUGCGCCCGGUACCCGACUGAGCCUGUCCGGCCUGCUCGACCGUGACGACCUGUACGAUGCUCUCCUUCCCCACUCCCUCCUCUGCCAUCUCGCCCGUGAUCCUCCGGCCAUACCGUCUGGCGCGUCCGGCGAUCUUGCCGACACUCCUCGCCGCUUACUCGACUUUGGCUCCAUUCAGCUGAUGCUGAACUGGAUCGCGGCCGCCUUCGCCUGUCCACACCCCACAUCGGACUGCGUCUCGCGACCUCCCCUGGCCCCAGCCAGCGACUUUGCCUUCGACGAGUCGGUGAGCUUCACCGCCGACGAGGCGGCAACGGAAACUGCCAUCCUGCGUGCACGUCCAAAAGUGGCGGCCGCCGUACUUCAAGCCAAGGACAAGGAACGGAAGCGAAAGGUGUCUGCAGGCUCCACGUCUGCCGCAGUCAUGCCCCCUGGCCCGGGCUCGGAUAAUGGUGGGGGUGGCGGGAGUGGCGGAGCUGGCCCAGGUGGCUCAAGUGGAGCGGAGGAUGGCUCUGGCGGUGACAUCGCCGACGGCAACACCGAGGGCAAGGGUACCGAGGACAAGUCUCCCGACGAUGGCACGGCGCCGUCGCCACAAGAGGCCACGGAAACGGACCUGGACAGCAUCAUCCCCUUUGGCGUAGACUUUGCCGCCUACACGAGGGACUUGUCGGCCGAGACGCAGACCUACACCGCGCUGUACGAGGUCCUCGCCUCCCUCGAAGGGUACACUGUCGUGGUCGUGGCCCCACACACCAUGGACUCGCUCAUGGCCGAUCAUGGCCAUGUCACCGCGGGAACAUGA